AUGGUGCCGGAGGAGACCACCGCCGAAGUGUCGGAAUGGCCUUCCCUGCUUUCCUCCUUCACCGGGAUGCUGAUGGAGGGGCGCGUGCUGGGCGUGUUUGGCUCGCACGACGGAGCCGCGGCGGCGCCUGAGGGCAGCCGGCCGGAGCACUCGCGGCAGGUGGAGGAGGAGGAGGAGGAGGAGGAGGGGCAGGCUUCGAGAAGUGAGGAGAAUAAGCCUACAGUUUCUAGCACCACGGAGCCGGCGGCGCUGGAGACCGACCUGCCGGAGCUGGGACGGCUAGAGCGAAGCAUAACCGUGGACGACUUGCUCCCGCGUCGCGAGCCGGCGCCUCCCAGCGGCAACCACAUGGAGCGGCCCCUGCGACCCAACGGUGCGGGGCCGCCCCCCCCCAGCGGCGGGGGAUUGAGACCCACUUCUUCCAACAUUUCCAGCGUUUCGGCUGCCGCCACGACAACGGCAUCCUACAAGGGGGUUUCGCCGUGCGGCGGCGGCGGCGGCGGCAUCACCGGCGCCGCCGGUGCCGGCGCUACCCGAAGGUGGGCGCGCGCCGGCGGAGGGGCCACGGGCUCGAGCGCGUCGACCGUGGUUCCGGGGAUAUCUCCGGUCGCGCCCGACGCUCGGACGGAAGCGGGCAGGGGCUUCGGGUCUAUCUCUGCGGGAGGGAUCAAGAAAACGCUCCCCGCUACCGCUGACGCCGACGCCGACGCGCGCAACAGCAACAGCAACAGCAACAUGAACAGCAACGCCAGCAGCAUUCCGCCCCCGCUGGACCUGUCCGCGAUCCCGGGGCCCACCCCGCCCCCGGUCCGCAGCGGCACCGGCGGCGGUGGAGGCAACCGCGGCACCUUCUCCUCCUCGUCGGGGUCCUCCUCUUCGAACAAGCCCGUGGUGCUACAGGGCGCCGCGCUGGAGAGCCUGAGGCGCCUCGGGCGACCGGGCUCUUCCGUGAGCGACCGCAGCAGGGGGACGGCGGGGUCCGGGCGGGGGGGCGCGGGGGCGGGGAUGAGCGUGCCUCUGGGGGGGGCGACGUCGAGGAUACCGAUGGGGGUGCCCUUGGGCUCGGCGUUGCCUUCCGCGUCUUCCAACAAGUCGUCGUCGUCUCGCCGCAAGCAGCAGCAGCAGCCGUGGGCCAGCAGGGAGGUCGGCGGCAAGGAGUUCCACACCACGGGGAGCUUCCCCGAAGGCGGGGGGGGCGGGGUCGUGGUGCGCGGCGGGGGCGACGCGGCGGAGCGGCAGGCAGGGCGGGCCCCCGGCGGCGCCGGCGCCGGCGCCGGCCUGGGGUCUGCGAGAAGCGAGUCGGGCAUGUCGCGCUUGUUGUCGCGACGGAGAGGGAUGGGAAUUGGCGGGCCGCCCGUGGGAAAGGAUGCGCGACGGAUGUUUCAUGAGGGUUCCAAAAGCAACAGCGACGAUAUGCCGCCGCCACCCCCGAGCCCGAUGCUCACCGGACACCUGCGGCGCGCGCGAGACAGCACCCGGGGGGAGGCAAAGCAGCAGAAGCAGCAAGCGGAGGUACUACCGGCAGGAGGCCUCGCGGCGAGCGGCCACAGGGGGCGCGGCGGUGGCGGUUGCGGCGGCGGAGCCCGGCCCCAGAAGUGGGACGAGGACGACGGAUUGGGAGCAGCGGCCCCGCCACGCCCCGGCUGCGCCGCGGGGGGUCCCCGGGACGAUGAUAACGCCCACAGCCCGAGCGAUGUACCGCCCCCUCCGAGCCCGAUGCUCACGGGACACCUGCGUUGUGGGCCUGGGCAAGAGAACCGGGCGCCGGCGAAGCUUCCUGCGGGCCGCGGGCGCGGCGCGUUCAAGGGGCGCGGGGUACGGCCCCAGACGUGGCACGAGGACGACAGGCCGACGGAAGAAGGAGGAGGGGGGCCCUCCUCCCCUCGCCCCUGCGGCAUAGCCGCCGCCGCCGGUGUCCGGCAGGCCAAGGGAGGGGGGUUGUACCUUGCCGGUGGCGAGGCGCAGCGGCAGAAGCAGCAGCAGCAGCAGCAGCAGAACCAGAUGCGUCUCGUCGUUCGGGACCCUAAGGCGGCUGCGGCGAGCAGCAGCAACCACGACGCCUGCUUCCUGAACGAUCAGGUCUCUCCCGGAGCCCUCUCGAUGGCGUCGUGCUCCACGGCCUACUCCCGGCUGAGCGCCAUUGGCGGGGGGGGGGCUGCGGACGGGAACUUCAACGACAGCGACAAGCACCUUGACACCCUGGCCAGGGUGGCGGCGGACAUCGCCAGGCGGGGCGCGUCGGCGAACGCCGAGCUCGUGACGGGGCUUGGGCGCGGCGCCUUCGAGAAGAUCACGGUGUCGCCCGGAACGCGCCCGCGCAGGGGCAACGACCUUGCCGGCGUCUCGAAGGCGAUCCCCGCGGCCGCCGCCGUGGCCAGCGUGCCCUCGCUGGAAUCCAGGAGUACUGCUGUUGCCGCCGCACCGACGACCAUAGGCAAGUGGACCGCGGCGGAUGCGUACGGCGCGAGGCCGCACGUCCUGAACUCCCAGCCCUCUCGGUCGGAGCUGUUCGUCGACGACGAAUCUUCGGUCUCUUCUGACGACGACGGGUGCAGCGCGAGCAGCGGGGGCUACAGCAGCGGGGUCCGCCUUGAGCCGCCGAGCCUCACGGUGGCCCACGCUCCCGGGAAGAUCUACCUGCCUGUCACGGCGGGUUCUCAGCAGCACCAGAAGCAAGCGGUGGGGAGGGGCACGCCGGCGACUCACAGCAACGGGCUGCACCACCACCACCGCGCGGCGGCGGCGGCGGGGGACGGGGACGGAGCUCCUCCGUUCCGCCUGCCGUCGGACAUGCGUCUGAUGAGCUUCGGCAGCCGGGCCUCGUCGGUCGUCUCCCCUAGGGUUUCGGGUGAGGUAGAGCUCUCGAAGGUAGCGGCGGCGGCGGCGGCGGCGGCGGCGGCGGCAGCCUACGACGCGAAGAGCGACCUCGCGAGGCGGCCGACCAAGCUCGAAAUGCUUAGCACCUUCGGCAGCCAUAGCCACGGCCGCCUCUCCGGCGGGGACGCAGGGUACGGAGGGACGGACGGGUCUCACUCCAACGCCGGAGACGAGAAGCCUCGCAGUGGCGGCGGCAGCGGUGGUAAGGGCCGGGAGUACCAGCGCCGGAGCAGCUCGGGCACGCGGCGGAGCAGCCGCAGGGAGGACAGAAUAUCACAGCGCCGGUCGCGCAGCAGCGGGAGCCACGGGGGGGGCACGAGGCGGUUCAACAACGCGGGCGGCGGUCUGAGCCUCGCGGAGAGCGACAAGCGCAGCGGCAGCCGGGACCGGCGGUUUGGCUCGUCGCGGAGCAUCUCCGUAGAGCGCGCCGAUUACGGCAGGGUGGGCGAACCCCGUGGCCCGAGCGGACACCCCCGCCCCCCUACCCCGAAGAAGGCUUCAUCCACGGUCAGCUCCGAGGCCGGCUCCGCGGCGGGCGGCCACGCGCCGACCAAAAAACAGCAGCAGCAGCAGCAGCAGCUCCGCCCCUCGUCGCUGUCGAGCUCCCACGGCCGCCGUCGCCGCGGCAGCGGCAAUGGCGGCGGACGCGACCACCAAGAUGCGUCGCCCUUACGGUCCCGGAGCCUGUGCGCCGACCGGGCCGGCACGGGCGUGUCGGCGUUUUCGUCGCACAGGCGGUCCGGCAGCGCGGAUCUUGUGGUCGGCUCCCGCUCCCAGCGGCGCCGCGGCGCAGCCGCCGCCGCCGCCGCCGCCUCCUCCGCCGGCACCGGCGGGAAGAAGGCGUUCGACUGGCGGGAGUGGCGGAGCGGCGGAGGGGGGAAGGAGGAAGGGAUGGAUGGCGGCGUCGCCGCCGCCGACUCGGCGAAGACUGCGGGGCCCCUGGCCGAGGAGGGGGUGCUGGGGGACCCCAGCGUUGGCGCCGACGACGUCGAGGUCGUUGUCGUCGCCGGGCCUUCGUUGUCGUCGCCGGCGGCAACGCGGGCCACGUCGUUUUCGAAGGAGAGCUGCCGGCGCUGGUCGAGGGUUUUGAAGCCCCCGGGGGCGCCGUCCAACUCAAGACCGGCGAGCGCGCGCAAGACACCGACCGUCAAGAAGCGAAAGGUGCGAGCCUUCCUGGCGAUAGCGUCGAUCUUCCGCAGGAAGAGACGCGGCCGCGGCGGCGGCAGCUGCAGCAGCAGCUCCGGUGGCAGCGUCCUCGGCAACGACGGCGAUGCCGACGACGAGGAACGGACCGCCGCUGCAAUCGCGGCAGCGGCGGUAGGCAGCAGCUGCCGGGACGGGGCACCCGGCCGCAGCAGCAACGCGACCGCCGGCGGCACCGCUAGUAGCAAUCGGAGCAGCAGCAUCAACCUCUUGCGGGGCUUCAACCGCAUGGAGUCGCGCGAGCUGACGAAUGCGGCCCGCAACAACCGCCACGGGGGCCCCGGCAGCUUGGUCGGGUGGCUGUGGAAGCGGAUCACGCGUCAGGACCCUCCCCGGCGGCGGCGGCGGGGCAGGAGGGCCGGCGGCGGCAGCAGCAGCUUCGGCGGGGGCGGCCUGUCCCCCGCCAGCAGCAGCAGCUCCGGCGGCAGCAGCUACGUUAACGGCGUGUCGCCGAUGAUCACGGCGAGGAUGGGACCCGCGGGUCACCAACAGCAGCACGGGGACCGCAGGGUGGUGCUGGUCGCGGGGGGGGCUGAGUCGUCGGCGAAGUCGCCGGCGGGAAACAACCCGCUGCAGAACCAGCAGCCGAUGUCCGUGGGGAACCCGCUGUGUGCGCUGCGGUCGAAGUCUGCGAGCCACAACUUCAAGAGCAACGGCAGCAGCGUCUGCCCGGAGCAGCAGCACCGCUACGGCUCGGGCGCCAGCUUAGGGGCCGGGGCGAUCGGCGGCGGCGGCGGCGGCGGGUGCAUCACCCAGUUCUACGAUGCCCCGGCGGCCGACGACUCCGAUGAGGAGGGCGAGGAGGUUGGCGGGGUGGACAGCAGAAGCGCGAGCUGGAGGCUUCCGUCCGCGGAGGGGGGGCGGCGGGUGCAGCAGCUGCUCCGCACCAGCCAGCUGCACAUGAGGCACCACUCGCUGCGCUCGAACCCGGGGUUUGUGGCGGCAGUGGUAGGUGACAGCCCUACGUCUGCUGCAGACACGAAGGCGGACAAGACGGCCGCUGAGGCCGCCGCCGCCGCCCCCGCCGCCGCUGCCGCUGUGCAUUGA